UUUUAGGCCUUAUUGUUUAUUACACGAUUUAACAAAGCCAGGUGUUGAUUAAUGUGUCACAGUUGAAAUUAAAAUCCAGACAUUAGAUAUCUAAUUAAAUUCAAUCAAACUUAGAUUAGAAAUUAUACUGGCUUUACCUUUUUCUGUAACUUUUUGAAAUCGAAAGUAGAUGGUCGCUGAGUCAACCUGCUAGGUUUUAAAAAACAUUUCUCUUAAAAUCAUUUUGAUAAGAGGAAAUGUCAUGAAAUUAUUGGUCUCUGUGAAAGCAUGUCAGAUAGGUUUGCUGGAGAAAUUUCUGUCAUUGAUUGGACUAAUCUACCAGAAGUGAUCCUAGGUAACAUUUUUCGUCAUCUGCCAACAGUUGACAGAUUAAGUAUAGGAACUGUUUGCGUAGCCUGGGAGAAUGCGGCUAACAGACCAGAAGUGUGGGAAUGUUUUGACUUUUCAGAGAAAGAUGUUGAUGAAUUUGGAAAUGACCUUGAUCUUUUAAGAAGUGAACUUUUCUUCAGCGACUUUGAUGGUAGUAUUCAAGAGGCCAUUAUUGAUACAUACAUUAGUGUGAUCAAACAGUUUGGAAGAAGUUUCCGACAAGUGAAUGUGUUAUUCAAAGGCAGAAAUUCGAACAGGAUUUUGUAUACAUUGUCUGAUUGUUGUUGUAACAUUACUCACCUUAGUCUUCAACGUUUACCGCAGAAUGUUCAGGUUGUACGAAAUCAUGAUUCUUCAUACAGACAGGCAGUUUACAAUAUCAUACAACGCAAUACGAAGUUGGAUGAACUGAUUGUUAGGGACAUCGACAACUAUGCAGAUUCCCAGCAAAAAUGCCCUCUUCCUCUUGGGGCAUCUCAUUCCUGUGCAAUAAAAGCAUUAACAAUAAUACAGUCGUUCCAGUCCUGUAACCUUGGCAACUUCAUGUAUUUAGUUAAUCUCCACGAGCUUGCACUUGAACCUCAUUUCCUGAGUUACAGCUUACUUCAUCAUUUAGCGGGUAAAUCGUUGAGGGUCCUACAUAUUCUUGCUGUCUCAAAACACAUGGAAUUCUACAAUGAAGCUCUUCAGGAUUGGCAGUGGAGGGAGAUAAAGAAGCAAGGUCCAAAGCUAUGCGUUCAUUGUCUGUUCAGAGUGAGUCAUGAAUGGACAGAAAAGGACAUUAUCUUAAAGAAAGAAAUUCCAAUGAAAUGCUUAAAAUACGCGAAGUACCAUUUGUUGAACUAUCCUGUUUUAACAGGCCUUGUAUGUAAUUAUUCUGCCACUCUGGUGGAUUUUAUAGACUUUAGCCCGUAUCAGAAGAGUUAUGAGCUAGCUCAAGGAAAACGCUCGGAUCAGCCUCAGAUUAAUAGUUGCAUUUUACAGAUUGUAGUCAGUUGUCCAUUGCUAAGAACACUAGCAGUGAAAGAAGUUUUAUACAGCCAAAAUGUACUGUUUAUGCUUAGUGUUAAUAAAAAUUUGGAUAUCUUAUUACGGGAAGACCAGAUUGAAUACAGUGAAUUUAACUCGCACCUUAUUCAUCCAAUGUCUUACGAGGAAUAUGACCUUGUUUGCAGGUCUUGGAUUAAUAUGGAAAAUUUUGAAUUUGCUAUAUUGCAGCUAACAAAUAGGCUGUGGUAUUUUUUCAAGGAAGGCAGUGAAAUUUAUGAAAGCUUCGUAAAGAAGCAUUUGAAGUAUUUAUAAUUGUCAAAACGUUCCAUUUAUCAUUAUGCUCCCACCCCGCUUCAAAGCAGAGGGGGUGUAUUGCUUCGUGUGUGUUGGCCCAUAGGUCCUUCAUUAGUAUCUGAUCAGUAACUGAAGAAGGCUUACCUUUUUGGCAGCUGUCAAACUUUAUAGGAUGUGGAUGUGAGCUGUAGAUAUUCCCUACUAUUUAUUUUCAGGUCAAGGAUACAUUUAGUAUGAUUCUGGAAACACUCCAGUCAGACUUUCUAGGAUGAUUGCCUGUAAGUCAAACAUCAAGGUCAGAGAACCUUGAGACUUAAAUUAAAAUGGUUAAAAAUUCAGUCAGUAACUAGAAACUGCUUUCUUGUUUGGACCAGUGGUAGUGAAACUUCACCAUGCUGGCCAGCCCUUUUUUUUUUUUUGGCAGGAUGGUCGAGAGCAGUAGACCAAAUGUCAAGGUCACAAGCAGUGAGAUUGAAAUCUAUAAAUUAGUAAUGCAAGAACGUUUUGGCCCACAUAGGUUAUUUGUCUAUGGUCAGAAAUCAUUUUAAGGUCACUACAUCCAAUUGGAAGAUUUACACCACAAGUUAAUGCAAGCAUUGGGCAGUAGUUUACAUACCUAGUUACUUGAGACAGGCUAUCAUUGGGUUUUAUGAAUGAACAAAGAGCUCUUGUUUUUCUGUCCUUACGUUUGCCUAGGUGCUUAGCUCACUAGGUAGAGCACAAGACUGUGAAUUGAGAAGUUAACAGGUUUGAUUCCCAGUCUUUGUUCUCCCAUAAAGAUGAUAAAGAUUUGACAGAAGAUGGUGAAAGAAACAGGUUACUUUGGUACAGAAACCAGGAGCACUGGUUGUGAUAAAUGAUAGCCAUUGCAUAAGUGAAAUACUGUUCAGAAAGCGGGUUGUACCCAUUAACGGACCUAAAAAAAAGACCAGCCAGCCAGCUUAGCUCAAUAGGGACAGUGCAGAUGUACGAAUGGCGGGAUAGUGAGUUUGUUCUCUGUAACGCUUUGAUAACAAACAUUUUGUCUGAAAUUAUUCACCAUCCACCUCUGCUUCAUGUGGGGAGUUGACAGUUACUUGCUCGGAACAAAUACUGGUACAGAAUCCAGGAACACUGGUUAACUGCCCACUGUUACAUAACUUAAAUAUAGAUGAAAUAUAGAUAAAACACAAUUAUUUGAUUUUAUCCCAGUAUGUUUUAUUCAUUAUAUUUAUGAUAGCAUGGUAAUAUUUUUGUUGGAAUUGUAUACAAAUAUAAAGAUAAGAUAACUUUA